UGCAGACGUCUCGCACAGCUGGCGAAUUCGAGUGGAGCAGUCGGGUCAGGACAGCCUGCGGGAGCGUUUUCACCUGUGAAAAUUAAUCACAUUCAAUUAGCAAUCGGACGGGUUCUCCACCGACUGACUGGUGGAUCGGGCGCGAUAAUGCUGGCCACAAAGCCCAAAAGCCAGCCAAGACGAUGACAUGUGGGGUGGCGCAUUGAACACUACAAGUCGCGAAAAUAUAUCCACAAGCCAGUAUACAUACAGACGGAGCGAAGGCAAAUCUGCUUUUAGGUCACCAGAAGCCAGCAAUCAGCAAUCAGCAACCAGCAGCAUCAGGAGCAACAGAACAACAGGAGCAGCCGAGGAAUUCCAAGAACCAACCGACGAACCAACAACGCCACCAUUUAUGAUCGCAACCGACUUAGGCCCAAGGAAUUGAAGAGUCUUCGCCAUGCCAUCCCGUCGCUCCGGUGGCGGUGGCACCACCAAGAGGAAGCACUCCCUGGGCAACCUGAGGAGGGCUCACCCCGCCUCCGGAGCCACGUGGAACGUGCAGGUGGUGCGGGGCAAGAUGUCCUCGAAGUGCCUGUGGCACGCCUGCCGCGCCCUGAUCCUCGGGCUCACCCUGAUGCUCCUGGGCGCCGGAAUGGCCACUCUGGGCUACUACGCAGAUCACCUCUCCAUGGGAUCCGAGUUGCGUGGCAAUGUCACCGUUCGCGUGAAGAACGACCUGAAGGGCUUCCAUCUGAACAACUUCGCGUAUGUGGGUCCCAUCGUCAUGGGCUUCGGCGGCUUCAUCGUGGUGGCCUCCUGCGUGAUGACCUUCGAGGCUCGGGACUCCGCUGCCAAGGUGGUUCCGGCCCGGCUGAGAGCCGGAGGCGGCGGCAGCGGCAAGAACCAGUCGAGGAGCAACCAGGGAAGCUCCGCAUCGCAGCGUCGAGGAAUGGGUGCCCAGUACCAAUCUAGUCGCUGGGAUCAGCACUUCGGGGUGUUCCGGUCCUCGCCAGGCGAUCCCCACCAGCAACCACAGAGCACCUGCAUCUCGACCACGCAUCCGCAUCCGCAUCCGCAUGCGCAUCCGCAUCAGCAGCAACCCUUCGACCGCGAGGCACUCACCGCCGAACUGGUCAAGUUCUCCAGGUCACUCAGUGCAUCCAAUCGCUUCUGUCCACAGUUUCGCCGCCUUUCGGGUGCGGGUUCCGCUCCGGAUUUGUCCGGAUCUCAUGCUCAUGCCAACAACACCAAAAACUCCACCAACUCCACUACCACAAACCACCCAAAUCCCACCAGUUCCGCCACUAAUUACUACAAUUUGCUCUCACUGAAUCGACUGUCGCCGCUGGACUUUGAAAUGUACUGCUCGCACCGCCGCCACCGCCGUCACCACCACUCGCACCGCCACUCGCACCACCACCACCACCAAAAAUCCUCGAGCAGCAGUGUGCGGCGCGUGCGGCAAGGGCGUCCGGGCUCGGGAUCCAAUCCCUCCGGUGGCGAGGGAAGGGGCGGGGGAUCCGGAGGCGGAGGAGCUGGCUCCUCUUCGUCCGCCCGGAUCAUCAGCAAUUCCUCCAGCCUGAUCCAGCGGGCCACCAGGGAGUGCUCCCUGCUCCAGCCGCCCGCCGCGAGUCGAGUCUACUGGCAGGCCUCCUCCUUCGACGGCGGCAGCAAUCCUCCGCCAGGACUGGGACUCAGUUCCUCGGCGGAGAAGCGCAGUGAGCGGAACAAGCGAUCGGACACCGCCAAGAGGCACGUCCUCUCCAGACAGAGACCCAUCGAACAGGAGGAGGCUCGCGACCACAGUCGCAGUCCACUGGGACACAGAAGAAACUCCACCAUGUCGGACUCCUCGUAUAGCGGCCGCUGGACGGCUCGCUGUGCGUCCAUCGCCAGUCGGACAUCCAGCAUCGAAUCUCGGAGGAUUCAGGUGGAUCUUCACAGUCCCGAGGUGAUACCCAAGUCGAUACUGCGAUCGCCCAAGCGCUACAGCUCCGGCCCCUCGGCCACGCCCUCUGUGGAGAAGGAAUUUCGCAGUCAGUUAUCAGUUUGCUCAGAGCCACCGCCGCCAGUGCGCCAGUUGUCGGGGCAGUCGAGCAUGGAGCCGGCGGUGCCCGAGGAGAGCCUGGACCAGUCGGAGGAGCAGGAGACGAGCUCCCAGCCGAAGACCUCCUACGAGGAGAUCACCGAGCUGCAGCACCACACGAGCAGCCUGCCGCCGAAGAAGGCGCGUCCCGGGUUCCUGCCGCUCGCCCGCAGCGAACAGGACGAGGAUCCGCGACCGGUGGCGGCUCCUCUCUACAGGAGCAACAGUUCCCGGCAGUUCUACAGGCCCAAGAAGGGGGUUGCCAACGAGCGGGAUGACUCCGUGUUCUACAUUCGCUCCAUGGAGCGCGGAUUGGCCGGCAGUGCGGAUGAGCAGAUGUACGAUUCGCUGAGGGUGAUAAACGAGAGGAGGACCACCUUGCUGAAGGCGGACUCCCAGAGCUCCUUGGGUUCGGCGGAACGGAAGCUGAGCAGCUUCUCCCUCAAGAUGCCGGAGAUUACGGAGCGGGAGAACUCCAUUGAGAUCGAAGCGGAUUCGGAUGAGCAACCACCACCUGCUUCUACUACAUCGCCACCUGCUCCACCUCCACCUUCAUCUCCACCUCCGCCUCCCUUAUCACCAACCACUGUCGUCGAGCUUGACAAAAUCCAGGAUGAGGAUCCCUAGGAUCGAGAGGACGAACCCACUUUAUAGCGUUUAACCAGCAGCCAUCGACAAUUACUUUAGCAACUCGAUUGAUGUUUGUAUAUGUAUUUUUGUGCGUGUGCGUGUCGUUUAUUUUUAUAACCCCUAGAUCGUACCUAGAUAAGUGUUAUAUAUAUAUGCGUAUAUAUUAAUACCAGCAAUAAUCUCUGUGUUGCCUCGGGCCUAAGCAAUGAACUAACGAAUCUUCAACGAUGUCUAUUAACUCGAUUAACUGAUGUUACUGUACAAAAAACUGCAGCUGCGAUUAAAAUAUUAAUUAAAUAUACAUUAUAAUACAUUAUUAUGUAUGUUCUUGAACAUAAUGGUUUUACCCAUCGUCAGAUUCAAUUGAAAACACUUUUUACUUAACCUUUGGAAAACAUUUUACAUAUUUUAUUUGGCUUAAAGUUUCCUUCAAAACUGUUCAAAAUUUAUUUUAAUCGCAGCUGUCGGCACUAGUCUUCCUAUUGUUAGAAUAUGAGAUAUAUCACGUUAUUACUAUUUAUCGGUUACUGUUAAUGUUAAUCUCAACGAGGAUUUGUAGUCACAACGAUCUAAACACGCGGGCGAGGCCAACUAAAUGCGAUACUUCUGCAUACCCUGUAAAAAGUACAAUCAGCUUAUAGUAAAGACUGAUUAGGCAAAUUGUUUUACAAAUUGGUCAACAGCGAAUGGAAAUCGAGUCAAUGGAAAGCAAUCGGAACACGGAUUAUGUUCGAUACACAUAAUUAGUUUUACGCUCUCAGUGUUUAUCCCGACAUUAAAGUACCUAUACGAUUAUAUGUAUAUCUGAGUGUUUAUUUGUAAGCCAAGCAAUUACAACGUUUCUUGUUCCGUAAGUGUUGAAAGCCCCACAGAAACCCAUAUUAAACCACAAAUUAAAAAUGACGGAGCCAGCUUCGAAAACGAAAACCGGUUGAUGUGCAGCAAAUUUUGUAAAAAUGUUCAUUGCAUAAUUAAUAUUGCAUAAAUAAAAUCAAAAACUGUGUG